GCAGUGCACUCGCACACAUUUGCACAGACUGGAGGCGCCGCUCUCCGUCACAUCACAUCCUGGGACCCGCGCGAGGCGAGCUGCUCGACCCGGGUGACCGCCCUCACCGAACACCACCACCGUUUCCUCUGCCUCGGGGGCGGGCGCAGCAGUCACCACAGGUGACCCUCAACGAUGUGUGACACGGUUGAACACCAUUCGCCUCUCCCUCUGGAGAUCUGAGUUGUCGCUCACUGAGGCAGCUGAGGGGCGUCUCUGAGGAAGAUGCUGGGUUCAGAGCGCGGUGUUGUCGAAGAGUGGCUCUCAGAAUUCAAGUCCUUACCAGAAACCCACCUCUCAAGCUAUGCCGGCAGCCUUCAUUUGAAGAAGCCCUUGGUACCAGCGCUCUACAGGGUCAUCCAGGAUCCCGACAAUGAGCUAUUGGAGCCCGUGUGCCACCAACUGUUCGAGCUGUACCGCAGCUCCGAGAACCGCCUGCGGCGUUUCACAAUGCAGUUUCUGCCCGAGCUGGUAUGGGUGUAUCUGCGAGUCACGGCCAGCAGAGAUCGUCAGAGCAAUGGCUGCAUUGAGGCCCUCCUCCUGGGCAUCUACAACCUGGAAAUUGUGGACAAAGAUGGCAACAGCAAGCUGCUUUCCUUUACGAUCCCCUCGGUAUCCAAACCAUCGAUUUAUCACGAGCCUUCUAGCCUGGGCUCCAUGGCCUUGACAGAGGGGGCUCUGUGUCAACACGACUUGAUCCGAGUGGUGUACAGCGGCCUCCACCCUCAGAGAGAGACCUUCACAGCUCAGAACAGGUUUGAAGUUCUGUGUUUCCUUAUGCUGUGCUACAACUCCGCUGUAGUCUAUAUGCCCCUCUCCUCCUAUCAGUCAAUCUGCAGAAUGAGCUCACGGUUGUGUGUCUGCGGUUUCCCACGGCAGCAGCAGAAACUCUGGAGGGAGCCUUGCAACCGCGUGCUCUUGGACCCUGAGUUCAUGGUGCAGAUGCUGACUGCUGUUUAUCAUGCCAUAUACAACGGAGAGUGGGAGAUGGGUCGGGAAGCUCUGGAGGAUGUUCUGUACAGAGCCCAGUUGGAGCUUUACUCCCAGCCUCUCCUGCUGGGCAACGCCAUGAAGAAUUCUCUGCCAGACAGCGCCCCGAACGAGCCGCAGGGGCGCAAGGUUCUGCAGGUGGAAGUGACCCCCACCGUUAGCCGCAUUUCCAUCUCGGCUAUCACCACCGCCUCGAUCCGACGCCACCGCUGGAAGAGAGAGGGCCACAAGAAGGACCUUUUAGAUUGUUUUGACUACUCGAGCGAUGCAGUGUUGAGCGUCACCGUCACUCGUCAAAGCCCCGCCCAACACCCAUCAGCCAAUGAGCAGAGAGACGGGGGCCCUCACAGCCACCAUCACCACAGCAGCAGCGUUAUUCCCCCCAUCACACUCGAGGAUGCAGACGGUAUGAGCGGUGGCGAGGAUUCCUUCAACGCGAACGACCCAGAUGAGGGCUUCUCCUCCGGGGCGUCCAACAGCAGCCAACCUUGCGGCACCAGGGCAGUCGGCGGCGGUCAGAGGGCCAGCAGCCUGAGCAGCAGCGGCGGCAGCAGCAUCAAGAAAGCCAUCACGGCCAGACUGUCCCGGGACAAGGAGCGAGACAGGCCCGAGGCGGCAAAACAGGCAGAUGCGUCAGUGGAGGUCAAACGCCAGCAUCAGAGGAACCAGUCGCCCCCGGCCAGCAUCCAACUCGACGCCAUCCGGCUGAGUCCCAUCAAGAAGCACUUGAGCUUCCCCACCGGGCCCCCGCUGGUACGGACUGGCAGCGCCUCCUCCAGCAAGUCUUUUGACUGCAUGGCCUUCAACCUGAACGGCGGCAGACUGGAACAGGAGGGCGGCGAAGGCUCGGACGAGGACGGCGGGCGUCCCGCCGGCGGCUCCCACCGCCACUCCACCGUCAGCUUGCAGGAGGGCCACCUGAUCAGACCGGAAGACCCUCUCCUGUCCCCCGGGGCUCCCCUCACCAAGCAGUCCCGCUCCCCCAGCUUCAACAUGCAGAUCAUAUCACAGGUUUAGCAUGGAGCGUGGAUAUAAAAAACAUCUACACAGUCCUGUUCAAUUGCUGGUUUUUGCGAUAUAAAAAAAACGAGAGCAAAAUAAGUCAUUUCAAAACUGAAACAACUCAAUUGAAAACAAAAAUUACAUCUUUAAGAGGUAAGUAAAAAUAAACAACUGCGAUAAUGUGGAUGCACAAAUGUAGAAGUGGUGGACACCCUCUUAUAGCUGGGGACUCCCUCUAAUUAACCCCAUAUAACGUUCAGCUGUUUAGUAGGCUGUUCCUGACAUUUUCUGGCUUUCUAGCAGAAGCCAGAAGUUUUUUUUUUUUUUUGAUAACACAGACUGAUAUUUGGAACUGUUCAUAAGUUCCAGCUGAAGAUAAACAGUUCCAAAGCAUUACACUGCCCCCACCUGACUUCACUGUAGGUGUAUUGUGUUCUUUUGAUGAUUGUUGUGUUUGCGCCAAACACCUUUUAGAAUUAUGGCCAAAAAAUUUUUUUAUAUAUAUCACAAAAAGUUGCCAUUCGAACGGGGGUGUGUAGACUUUUUAUAUCCACUGUUUGUGUGUGGAUGUGUCUACAUCUUCAAUUCUGGGAAAAGGUAAUUCCAGAUUCCUUAAACAGGAAACAUGUCGGCCGGAUUCCAGGCAAGGUGUGGAGUGGUUAAAUUACAUUUCACCUUUCGUUUGCGUCAACAUUCAGUCAGCAAUAACGCUCACGCGGAGAGGCGCCGUUGCUCUUUGACCUCUUCAUCCCCUAACCCGUCAUUCCCGGGCUCACGUGCAAUCGCUCUCGCUCGAUAAAUCUUCCUCCUUAAUUGCUGUUUUUAAAAAAAAUAUAUAUAUAUUUUUUUUAGAUCAGGAAUAUAAUAAUAUUGGUUUAAGGAGAUUUAAGUUUUUUUUUUAAGGUGACAAGCCAAAGAAAGAAGGUAGGAUGUUUGUAAGUCAACUUGUUUAUUUUUUAUGUUCAUAGUUCAAACUGUGCUGUCAAACCAAACUGGGAAGAGGCCCAAUUUGUUAACUGGACUUGAGCAAAUCACUACUGAGGUCAGUCAUUAUUAGUAAAUCUGAAGAAAAAAAAAAAUAAAUAUAUAUAUAUAUAUAUAUAUAUAUAUACAUAUAUAUAUGGAGGUAUGUGUGUGUGUGUGUGUGUGUGUGUGUGUGUAAAGCAUUAUAGACAGGUUUAUGCAGUUUAAACAAAUCACUGAGUGGGCCCUCAGCAUCAGCUCUUCAUGCUGGCCUUUGUCUGCCCUCUAGUGGCGAGUGGCUUUCAUAGCAUUCAUUUUUUUGCUCUACCUCAUCGUGUUGGUUCACCUGUCUACUGGUCAAAGAGCCGAUUGGCUUGGAACACUGGGCGCUUAAGAGAGUUCCUGCCAUCUAUUCGGGGUCAUUAGAAACAAUUAGAUCCUUUAUUUGCUCCUUUAAAACACAUUCACUGCCAUUGACGGCUUUAGAAGUCAAAUGUCCUUAAGAUGUCUUAUUUUUUUUCAUAAUCGUUUUCUUUUGUAAGUGCAAUUGUUUGACUGGGCUCAUCAUGCAUGGAGUUGCCUGCAUUCUGUCUGCUCGCCUUACGUCGACCUCCCCUCAACGAGGCCUGCAAGCUCGCCAACCCCCAAGUGUCACCCCCUUCACCCCAUCCUAUUUUUUCACCAUACGUGCCAACACACAUCCUGUCCUUAAAUAACUUAUUUGCUCGCCUGUCUUAAGUUGAACACCGUUCUGAUUUUAUUGUUAUUUUGUCAUAGUUGAAGGGCAAAGUUGCAGCGUCACAUUUUCUCCACCACUAGUGUACAUAACACUUUGAUGACCUUGAGGUCAUACUGUGUGUUUGAAAGGAGGUCACAUGGGGAUUGUACAUACGCGUUGGCUGUAAAUGACCCGGGAUGACUUACGUGAACCGGAUGGAUCGGUCUCGAUUAUCUCUCAGUGUCCGCUCUCGUAAAAUAUGCAUGUUGGCAUUUCAGGAAAUUAACAACUACCAUCACUUCCACCGAUGAUGCCCAAGUCAUAGUACAGUGGAACCUUCAAAGUCCAACUCGAUCUGUUCCGAGACGCUGUUUGACUUCUAACUUCUCAUUUUAAAGCUCAUCUAAGGAGAGAAAUAAUGGAAAUUAAACUCUGGCUGUCAUAAAACCUUCAUAAACUGGACAGAUAAUUUUUUUAAAAGGAGAUAUUUUGCCCGUUUUUAGGGGGCAGCAAGUGUGAGAUUAUAUACGCCGCCCCCUAUAUACUGCUGGACCAAUGGCGAAUCAGCCUUUCGAUACCAUGACAACUAUAGCGAUUUCUACUUGCAAGAGCAUUUUUACUCGUGGAGGUAGCAGUUUAUGCAAUAGACUUUGUGUAUGUGGCGUAUAGACACAUCAAGCGUCGCGUAUCCGAAGUCAACACUGUUAGAUAACGCUAAUCUGCGCAGCCAGCAAAGUUUUGGCUUUGUGUUUUUGACAGUGGAGUUGCUUGAAAAUGGCUCCGGAUCUUGUUCUUCACUUGAUGAGUGGGCAGGCACUAUAGAGACAACUAUUUGUUUACAAACCGUUAAAAGUCCAUUUUCCACGAUGGAUCCCUUUUAAGUGACAGUUUAAAGGUUUGAACGGUCAUACAAAUGCGAAUUGAAGGGAACCACCACAUAGUAAAACGAAAAUAAAGUACUACUGACAGACACUCCAUGGAGGGAGAAUUUUGGACGGGAAUACUGUCCCCUAGGAAAUUUUAUAGGUAUUGAUGGUUUGUUGCCUUUUUGACAUUUUUCCAACUUUAACACCUUGGACAAGUUUUUAUUUUUUUAUUUUAUUUUAUUAUUUUUUUUUUUCUUUGGGUGGGACAACUUCAGAGGUUCCAAAACAAAUUUUCCCAUGGAAAAUACGGGAAGUGGUCAUCCUGCGGUCAUUCUAAAACCUUCAUUAACCGCACAGCCGGCGAUAUUUGAACAUUUUAACAUUCUCAACUGUCAUACAAAGACCACAGUAUCGUUAAACUAAAAUAAAGUAAAACGACUCAACCUUUGACGGUACCCGACGUGUACGACUUUGGAGGUUCCACCGUAGGUUUCAUUUUUGCCCGGUCCGAAUGAUUUCGAAGUUCAUUUCGAGCUUUGCAUGUGUGACAAACCUUUAGUUUUCAAUCAUUGUGAUGCACUUUAAUCCAUCCACCUUUCAAGAACAUUAUUAAAAAUGAUGAUUCUUUAUAUAAAAUAUAUUUGUAUGUGUAUACACUCAGUGCAGGGUUUUUAGUCUCUAUUUUUCUGUGAUGUCACAUCCCCAACGCAGUACUGUUUGCCUUCUAUCGCAACAGUUGAAGCUAUUUAUUGAUUCUUUUUCUUUUGAUGCCAAAAGGUUGAUAAAGUCCCAGAGGGUCUCAGGAGUUUAUUUUAACAAAAAAACAAACACACACAAAAAGACAAAUUUGAAGACUUGGCAGCAACAAAUCUUCUGUUCUCGUCGCCUGAAUGGAAUUCUAUGCAACAUGUGUCCCCUCACCUGCUCCUCAUGCUGGAUUUCAUGAAUCCAAAUGCGGCGAACGCUCUCCGCCUCCGACGCAUGUGCGACCAUCCUCAGCAUUUGUCACGUGAACGCCUCCUCAAAGAGCGAGGGCAGGGAAGAGGUCCCACUUGGACGGAAAAGAUGCAAAGUGUGAGGAAGACCUGUACUCUUGACGCUCUAUUUACAUGGAGAGAGACUUAUUUUCAAUCGUUUAAAUACAAACGUGUACAAAAUGGAGAGAAAGUCUGUAGAGGGAAAGAAAUUGAGCUGUAUAUUGUUGAAUAAAUAUUGUGAUGUAAGA